UCUCGACUGGAUCAGGCGUUUAUCCCUCUCCUUAAUGCUCCGCUUUCCAGCUCCCAUAAAUGACAACAAGAUGCAGGGAGGUUUUCCCAUCCGGACGAAGAAGUUCUUCGGAACUGUCGUUUCCGGAACUAGUUGUUGUUUUCCGACGGAACUCUCAGAGUGAACACCCUGGGGCAAGAUGGCGGUCGGGCUUCGGCAGCUGCGCCGGGUCUGGCAGAGCUCGGGGGUAUUGGGCUGAGGCGGUGGUAACUGCGGCCCCGAUCCCGAGCGCCGGGGCCUCGAGCGGAUAAAGGUCUACGGCCUAUAAGGAAAUUGAGGCUUACAGAGGAUAAGGAACUUGGCCAAAUGAGAAAGAAUCAGAACUGAAAAGAACCAAAGGCUACUUUGAUCCAGGGCUUUCUCUGCCAUACACAGCCUUUUCUUUGGUCCUACAGGACAUUUAGCAGAAGAAGAUAAGCUCCUCUGAAGUGAGAAGCCGCCCUCAGCUGUGAGUCCUGUGUAAGAUCACUAAUGAUUACCUGACAUUUCUGCGUUACCGGCAGGUCCUCAGGGUUUGUGCAAGUUUGCAAACAUGUUCACCGUUUCUCAGACCUCGAGAGCUUGGUUCAUUGACAGAGCCCGUCAGGCUCGAGAGGAAAGGCUGGUGCAGAAGGAACGAGAACGGGCAGCCGUGGAGAUUCAGGCCCACGUACGGAGCUUUCUCUGUCGGCGUCGACUGCAAAGAGAAAUCAGGAGAGAGAUUGAUGAGUUUUUUAAAGCAGAAGACUCUGGGUCCAGUAAAAGAAGCGCACUUUGUAUUUUUAAGAUUGCCAGGAAACUGCUGUUCUUGUUCAGAAUUAAAGAGGAUAACGAGAGAUUUGAGAAGUUGUGUCGCUGCAUCCUGAGCAGCAUGGAAGCUGAGAAUGAACCCAAGGUGUGGUAUGUGUCCCUGGCUCUUUCCAAGGAUCUCACUCUCCUAUGGAUUAAACAGAUCAAAGACAUCCUGUGGUAUUGCUGUGAGUUUCUUGAGCAGCUCAAGCCGGAAAUUUUACAAGACUCCAAACUCAUCACCCUGUACCUCACGAUGCUUGUCACCUUCACGGACACGUCAACGUGGAAAAUUCUCCGGGGAAAAGGUGAGAGUCUUCGACCAGCCAUGAACCACAUUUGUGCAAACAUAAUGGGCCAUCUCAACCAGCGUGGGUUUUACUCUGUCCUGCAGAUCCUGCUAACCCGUGGCCUAGCGAGACCCCGGCCUUGUCUGUCCAAAGGCACUUUAACAGCUGCAUUUUCCUUAGCGAUGCGCCCCGUGCUUGCCGCACAAUUUUCAGACAAUCUGAUCCGGCCGUUCCUCGUCCACAUCGUGUCCGUGCCCGCCCUGGUGACUCAUCUCAGCACCGUGACCCCUGAGCGCCUCACUGUUUUAGAAUCUCAUGACAUGCUCCGUAAAUUCAUCGCAUUUUUAAGAGAGGAAGAUCGAUGCCGUGAUGUGUGUGAAAGCUUGGAAGGAUGCCAUACGCUUUGUCUCAUGGGCAACCUCCUGCACUUGGGCUCCCUCAGCCCCAGGGUGUUGGAGGAGGAGACGGACGGCUUCGUGAGCCUGCUGACCCAGAUGCUCUGCUACUGUCAGAAGUACGUGUCCCAGAAGAAGUCCAACCUGACCCACUGGCACCCCGUCCUCGGCUGGUUCUCCCAGUCCGUGGACUACGGGCUCAAUGAGUCCAUGCCCUUGAUCACCAAGCAGCUGCAGUUCCUGUGGGGGGUCCCUCUCAUCCGGGUCUUCUUCAGCGACAUCCUGAGCAAGAAGCUGCUGGAGAACCCGGAGCCGGCCCAUGUGCCGCCAGCCUCCCCGCAGAGCGUGCUGCCCAUGAAGACUCUCCUGAAGCGUGCAUUUCAGAAGUCAGCGUCAGUUCGCAACAUCCUCAGGCCCGUCGGGGGUAAACGUGUGGACUCUGCAGAGGUCCAAAAGGUCUGCAGGAUCUGCGUCCUCUACCAGACCUCGCUGACGACUCUCACGCAGAUCCGGCUGCAGAUCCUCACAGGUCUCACUUACCUCGAUGACCUCCUGCCCAAACUGUGGGCAUUUAUCUGUGAACUGGGGCCCCAUGGAGGGCUGAAGCUCUUCUUGGAGUGCCUCAACAACGACACGGAGGAGUCUAAGCAGCUUCUGGCCAUGCUAAUGCUGUUCUGUGACUGUUCCCGGCACCUCAUCACGAUCCUCGAUGACAUUGAAGUUUAUGAAGAACAGAUUUCAUUCAAACUGGAAGAGCUGGUCACCAUCUCCUCUUUUUUGAACUCCUUUGUGUUUAAGAUGAUCUGGGAUGGAAUCGUAGAGAAUGCCAAGGGUGAGACCUUGGAGUUGUUCCAGUCUGUCCACGGGUGGCUGAUGGUGCUCUACGAGCGGGACUGCCGGCGGCGCUUCGCCCCCGAGGACCACUGGCUGCGAAAGGAUCUCAAGCCCAGCGUGCUCUUCCAGGAACUUGACAAGGACAGAAAGCGGGCACAGCUGAUCCUGCAGUACAUCCCACACGUCAUUCCUCACAAAAACAGAGUUCUUCUGUUCCGAAACAUGGUGACCAAGGAGAAGGAGAAACUGGGGCUUGUGGAAACCAGCUCAGCCUCCCCUCAUGUCACCCACAUCACCAUUCGCCGGUCCCGGAUGCUGGAGGACGGCUAUGAGCAGCUCCGGCAGCUCUCACAGCACGCCAUGAAGGGCGUCAUCCGAGUCAAGUUUGUCAACGACCUCGGGGUGGAUGAGGCCGGGAUUGACCAAGACGGUGUUUUCAAGGAGUUCUUGGAAGAGAUCAUCAAGAGAGUGUUCGACCCAGCGCUCAACCUGUUCAAGACGACCAGUGGAGACGAGAGACUCUACCCUUCGCCCACGUCCUACAUCCAUGAGAAUUACCUGCAGCUCUUUGAAUUUGUGGGCAAGAUGCUGGGGAAGGCGGUGUACGAGGGAAUCGUGGUCGACGUGCCCUUCGCGUCCUUCUUCCUGAGCCAGCUGCUUGGGCACCACCACAGCGUCUUCUACAGCUCUGUGGAUGAGCUGCCCUCUCUGGACUCAGAGUUCUACAAAAACCUCACAUCCAUCAAGCGGUACGACGGGGACAUCGCUGACUUGGGCCUGACACUGUCAUAUGACGAGGAUGUCAUGGGUCAGCUUGUUUGCCAUGAACUGGUUCCUGGAGGGAAGACCAUUCCUGUUACAAAUGAAAAUAAAAUUAGCUACAUCCAUCUGAUGGCCCACUUUCGAAUGCACACGCAAAUCAAGAACCAGACAGCUGCCCUCAUUAGUGGCUUCCGUUCCAUCAUCAAGCCUGAGUGGAUCCGGAUGUUCUCGACCCCUGAGCUGCAGCGACUCAUCUCUGGGGACAACGCCGAGAUUGAUCUGGAAGAUCUGAAGAAGCACACGGUGUACUACGGAGGUUUCCAUGGGAGCCAUAGGGUCAUCAUCUGGCUCUGGGAUAUCCUGGCCUCUGACUUCACGCCUGACGAAAGAGCCAUGUUUCUGAAGUUUGUGACCAGCUGUUCCCGGCCCCCGCUCCUGGGAUUCGCCUACCUCAAGCCUCCUUUCUCCAUCCGCUGUGUCGAAGUGUCGGAUGAUCAGGACACAGGGGAUACCUUGGGCAGCGUCCUCCGGGGCUUCUUCACCAUCCGCAAGCGGGAGCCAGGCGGCCGCCUGCCCACCUCCUCCACCUGCUUCAACCUGCUCAAGCUGCCCAACUACAGCAAGAAGAGCGUCCUGCGGGAGAAGCUACGCUACGCCAUCAGCAUGAACACGGGCUUCGAGCUCUCCUAGUCCCCGCCCUGCCGACUCGAGGCUCCCAGGCAGCCUCGGCCCUUCUCUAUAGCCAUGAGAUGCCCCUGUGGCCUCAAGAACUUGGAUUCACGUGAGGACGCGACCCAGCGCUCUCCAGGUGACACUAACGGGAAGCGGGUGUUGGAAAUAAACCUCCAGAUUCAGCCAU